AUGGCAAGCAUACCGGUCGCGGGUGGUUCGCUCAAGAAGGCCGAGAAAAGCGCGAGCUCGCCUGUAGCGCCAACAGCUCACGCAGCAGCGGUCCAGGAAAAUGAGCGCUCGGUCAAACUGCGCAGUUGCAUCGUAUGUCGGAGUCGCAAAGUACGGUGCGAUAAGCAAUCUCCAUGUUCAAACUGUCGCCGAGCAAAUAUUGCCUGUACCGUGCCGUCGAAGGAUCGGCCGCCUCGAUGGGCUCGCCGUCUUGUGCAACCAGGAUCAAUAGAUGUGAUGGAAAGGAUCCAAUCACUAGAGGCGCUUGUUAAGAGACUGAGAAAUCAGCUUGAUGAGGCUCAUGCUCAGAUCAAUAACUCCAACAGUGCUUCGCCCUCUGUGCAUUCUUUGGACGGUCCAAUCCUAGGCAGAGUCGGUUCGCCGCCGUCUCAUUCGGAGAGUGCACCACUGCAGAUUGGACGACUUGUGCUUGAGGAUGCGAACCAAAGUCGCUAUCUUGGGAGCGGAUUCUGGGCCAGUAUCACUGAUGAGUUGAAUGACUUGCGCACUGUCACCGAAGGUGUAUCUUUCGAUGAGGGCGAAUCCUCAGACGAUGAUUUUGAGUCACCAACAAAACAACUUUCGACCGCGGAAAGCGAACGGCCGCCGGAGGAUCGAAAUGCGUUCGUCUUCCGCCGCACCUCAAUACCACACAGCCCGGACCUUCGUGACUUGCAUCCCCUUCCCUCACAGAUUCCUUUUCUCAUAAAUGUUUUUUCCGAGAAUGUCAACUUUCUUUUACAAACGGUGCAUGAACCCACUCUCUCAAGAAUGAUCAGAGACUUACGUGGCAACCUCGCAAGUCUCGACCCUGCUACUGAGGCACUUAUGUUUUCCAUCUACUACGGUGCCGUGACUUCUAUGGAAGAAGACGAUGUGCUGGUCAAUUUUGGCUCUUCGAAGGCCGAAUUAAAUAUAAAGUAUCGGCUAGGCCUUGAGAACGCCCUUGCCAAGGCUGAUUUUCUCAGCGCGCCCAAUCUCCUCCUUGUGCAGGCACUGGUCAACUUUCUUGCCCUUGCUCGUCGACAUGACAGUCCUCGAUAUGUGUGGAUGAUGGUGGGACUUGCGAUCAGAAUGGCCAUGUCUCUUGGCCUUCAUCGCGACGGAACAAAUUUCCCCGGGCUUUCUCCGUUUGAAAUUGAGAUGCGGCGACGAGUCUGGUGGGCAUUAUGCAUGCUUGACGUGAGGGCGUCUGAAGAUCAAGGCACCGAAUUCACCAUAGCCGUGGAUAGUUUUGACACCAAGUUACCAGAAAAUAUCAACAACCAGGAUAUCCAACCAGACAGCCCGGAAACACCGGUGGAGCGUGACGGAUUGACAGACAUGUCUAUCUUCCGUAUCUUCAUCAAGAUGACUGAAUUGAUGAAACGAAUGGUCGUCGGUGAAUCGACAGCUCUCAGUUUUGAGACAAAAGACAACAUGCUGCAGGAAAUGUAUCAAAUUGUGGACGAAGGGUUCUUACGCCAUUCAGCAAAGAGUGACAUACAGCAUUGGACCGUGGUGAUUGUUUCACGAUUGACAAUUGCCAAAAUGACUCUUUUCAUCUACCUGCCGUCUCUCUUUUCCCGCUCGAGGGACAAUUUGUCUGCGCUCGUUCGAACCAAGCUUCUCGUCGCGGCAAUCGAAGUUGCGGAAUACAACCACGCUCUGAACCAUGAACAAGCUUGCCGACAAUGGCGCUGGAUCUUCCAAACCUACACUCAUUGGCAUGCGAUUGUCUAUAUGCUGCUUGAGGCUUCACGCCGACCCUGGUGUCCUCUUGUCGAGCGCGCCUGGACUGCUCUGCACAGCAUCUGGCUGAUUCCACAGCAGUCAAAUUUGCGCAAAAACAUGCGGGUUUGGUUUCCUUUGCGCAGCUUGAUGCAGCACACACAGCGGCAUCGAGAAGCCGAGAUUCAAAGGCUACGAUCUGACCCGCUCGCGACCGAACGACUGGAACGAGAAUACGAGGCUGCUCCGAUUCCGUCAAGUGAUGCUAUUUUCUCGCAAUCUUCAAGCAACUUCGUAGAUCCGUCACUUGAACAUUGGCGAUACAUUAUGUACUCAUCCGAAAUUGACAUUUCAUACUCAUCAGUCAAUCCAGGAUCAACGGCUGCAGACCAUGUUGAAAUCAAACCUCUGUCAGUUCCAACGGAAGAGUGGCCAAAUCCAAUUCAUCUGGCUACACCCUACGCCCACCUCUCGCUUCCGGGCCAUCCUGAACAGUCGCCGCUCAAUACUGCUGAUCCGUUCGACCUUAGGAUCUUCGAAAGUCCUGCUACAGGCGCCCUAAGCGACAGUAUUGACUUUGAUGUGAACAUUGACUGGCACUCAUGGGUUCAGUCGGCUCAGGGGGUGGAAUUAGACUCGCAUCAGAAGCCGACUGAAGGAUGA